AUGGACGCGCCGAUCAUCGUCGAGGCGUUUGUCCCACCAGCUCGAAGGCCGUCAGGCCCCCGACCUUUACCCACUCUUGCACCUAGUCGAAAUACUUCCUAUUCGAGUACAUACAGACCUAUCAUUGUCGAAAGCCCACUCGCACAGUCGCGAGAAGACCUUAGCUCACCUCCACCGUCAUCGUUUGACCCAUCUAAACUCGGUUAUCAGGACGCGAUUAAAAAAACGCCAGGGACGAGCGAGGACUCAUUCCCUCUUCUCAGGCCGCCAACACCAAAACGGCGAGCAUCACUCGCGACACAAUUGCCCACUGUUCCUAUUACACCCAAUGUCGUACCGGACAUCCCAUGGACAAUUAGCUUUGGAGGGUUCAUGUCCCAUUUUGAGCCCACACCUGUGUGGCCUCUGGUCAUACACACUGCCCUCUGCCUUCCCGAUCGUAUACUGGCUGUCACAGCAGCGUCAGGACUUGCGUUGUUUUGGGCUCGAGCCAUAGUGGGUGCAGUUACUGGAGUGGUCGGAUUCACAAUUGGGUACAACCUGAUCAGAUUGUCUCGACGGGGCAUUGAUGCAACCGCUGUUCCUCGCUACCGACUGAUCGGCCUGAUCUUACCUAUGGGCGACUGUUAUCCACGAAUCCAUGCACCCAGAUGGGGGUGUUACACUAGAACAGUUGAACGCUUUCGCUGCGAAUCCGACAAGCCCUUGGUCUGCCAUACGGCUCUUAUUCCGCCGAACAUUCAAACACAAGGGCACAAGGAGGACUCACAGGCGCAACUACGAGCACGUUUUUCCACAUCUCCCAUAUUCCGCACCACUGACGAUUUGGAAAAGCAGAGGCAACUUGAUCGAUACGUCGAAACGAUGGUCGCAGGUGACUUGUCUACCGAAGAUGUACAAAGAGCCGACGCAUUAAGCAAAGCGGCUUAUUCUAACUUCAACUUCACAUGGUCUUUAAUUCCGUUUUCCUCGGUUGGUCUACUCCCCAUGGGCCGAACAUUCCAAAUCCCACGAACGGAACAUAUCCCACAUGCCGCCCACAAUGUGACUGAUACGAUUCACAUUGCGGAAACUUAUGCAGAUCAGCUAUUGCCUAGUGGGGUCGGGUUCGGGACGUUUGAUGAAGAGGGUACGGACCUGGUCGGUAGACUGAGAGAGGGUCGAGACUCUGGGCGAGAUGCGACCGGGGGAAUCGUCAGAUGGCCAAAAUGGGGUAUUCGCGUCGGUUGCCAGGUUUUGGAAGGACUGGAUCGGUACCUGACCCCUGUCUCGGAGGUAAACAACAUGACGUAUCUCUACGUCCCUAAGACUGCGCUUUAUUCUUUGUUUCAGUCGAUGGAUAUCGCAUAUCCGCAGAUUCCACCUGUAAACUUGAGCGCUCUGCUAGAGCCUGGAGAUCCUAUGCCUCAAGGAAUCGUAGAAGCCGAGAUCGCCCAAAAUGGUGGCAAAACGGUGUGGCCCACUCGUUCAAAUCGGCACCUUUCUCGAAUGGGUCUCAAGGCACCGGAUUACGCGCCCAAUUCGAGCUUUGGAGCUUAUGCUACACCUGACGUAUUGUGGCCUAGUGGGCGAGUUGGGUAUGAUGUUGCCAUUUGUGUUGAGGAAAUUCGAAGCUGGGUCGUCGAGGCUUACAACUCGACCGCUGGAAACCCCACAACACUUCGUAUACUGCAUAAAGGGAUGGACCUGAACGCGCCCGUUUACACUCGGCAGAAUACCACUACCUCGGAAGAUGGCACCCAAUCUGGGAUCUCUUCAGCCGGAAAAUUCGCUGCCUUUGGAGCUGCACAUGACAACUCGCGAAACGUGAUGUUGAAGGAUAACGGUCGCGAUUUUGCCUAUGUUCCCAAUCCAACUGUGAGUUUUGGUCGUUCGUUUACAGACGGCACCGGCCCACUCGGGUACACAAAACUGGACGCGGAAAGGGUAGCGAAUGCGAUUGCCAAAUCGGAUGCUCAGCAUCUGCUACCUUAUUUGGCAGGUAGCCAACCAAUUCUAGCGCGAAAUUACCCGGACAAAACAGUUGCCUAUAUUCGUAUCUCAAAACUCGGGUUAAGUAUUUCACUGCUUGUGAUGUUGCUCCUGGGAUACAUAGUCGCUAUUUUUGUACCUCGUUUACCUCUCGGACUCCCACGGCGAGACUUUGGAGUAUACUCCUGGCUGGCAGCUAUCGAAGGAGAUGCCAUCGUUGGGAUUCCCACUGGUGUGGGGAGGUACGAGCAUUUGGAAGAGCUUCAAAGGAGAGGAGGCGAAGUCAAGGUGCGAUACAUGGCACCCAAUGAGAACGAUUGGAAGCUACCUGUGGAGGAGAGGGCCCAUAAAGAGUUUUUUGAGAGGUAUUAUGCUGCUCGAACAUGA